UGCGUGUGUCACACUGAAAAUAGUCCCAUAUGUUGCAGGCUCGUCAACCCAAAUCAGCGCUUAAACGAUAACUUAGUCAACAAAACAAAUGUUUUUUUUUUUAAAUCAGAUGUCUAAGUAUACGGGGAAAAGGUGAAUUAUCAUAGAUGUCGGACACCGGGGAGGAGUGGCAGGUGGCCCGGCGACGAAAAGGCGCAGCGCGGAAAUCAAACUUACUUCAUGUGUCUGUAGCUUCAACAUGCUGCCAGGAGCAGCUGGAUAUCGGGAAAACUGUUAAACGGAUCAGGGACACAGUGUCUGAGCUGAGAUGUGAGGACUUUUGGCAAGAGUGGAAAGAGCAGCUGCUGGUGGCAGGACCAGCAUCCCUAUCGAAACAUCCAGAGAAUGAGGACCCCGCCGACCAGCUGGAGAAGGGCAGAGAAGGCCGACUGUGUCCACAUCUGGAGUGUGUGUGUUAUGGCCUCGGCUCCUUUUCCUCCUGCGCUUCGGCUCGCUACCAGCUUGCCAUGUUGCUGCUGUUGCUUGAUGCAGGACAGAUUCCACUGACGGACUGCUCUGUUUAUGACCCUGCAUUCUCCACUGGAGAGAGGGAUGCUUUGAGAGAGCUGGGUCUGACUGUACUCACAGAAAAUGAGGAAGGGAAGCGUUUGGCAACUAAGCCCACACUCUUUUACAUGAUGCAUUGUGGGAAAGCCCUAUACAACAAUCUCCUGUGGAAGAACUGGAGCACACGAUGUCUUCCUCUGAUGAUAAUCGUUGGAAACAGCUUCAAUGGCAUGAGGGACAGGACGAUCGAGAGAGAGUUCAAGCGAGACUACAGCUACAUUAGUCAGGCUGUGGAUGUGUGUGCGGAGAGACAACUGCCUUGUCCAUCCCGUGUGAUUGACGUCUUCAGUGACACAGCAGUCAUCACCUUUCCUACCAGCGACCUUAACAGACUCCCACAAUCCACCUGGGCAGAGCCACCUGAACCCCAGUACCAACACUGCCCUGAUUUAGAGAUCAUACAGAGAAAAACACAGAGCUGAGACUGGAGAUCAUGAGAUGGAAAAUACUGGACAUUCUUUUUUUAUUGUUGCUAUUGAUGUAACCAGUUUUUAAAUAAAUGAACCAUGCUCCAAAUUGUGGGUUGACUCUUGCACAAUGGAGCCACCAUCCUACUUCAUGAGAGAAGAAAAGAUAAUGACAACCAUCUUGGAUUAUUUAAUUCAAGCUGGCUUUCAGGCAGCAAUAAAUAAUUACUUUCAUAGAAUUAGGAGGACUUGUUAAGUAUUUAUGUGUGUGGUGCUUAAACAGUUUCAUUUCAUCAUUUACUAUAUUUAUCCAUUACAGACGCCCAUAUUUAAUACAUUUUUUUUCAGUUGCUAGAUGAAAAUCAGCUUGCAGAAGUUUGAAAAUGGUCAGUUAGACGAUACAGCAUAGGAAAAAGAUCACGGAAAACAUUUACUCUGCAGUUUUUUGUUUGUCUUGUAAUGCAUAUUUAUGUGCAAAGUUCCAAAAUCCAAGAUUUAUGAGUCAGCAGCAGAAAAACAACUUUUUAAAAGCAGGAAGCUACCAGAGUUACAAUCUACUUUUCUGAUCUACUCGUGAAUGUUGUUCAGGUGAAGACUCUUUUUUCAUUGUUGGAUCUUGCUGGAACACAGUGCCACAAGGAAGACUUUGGUUUCCAUGCAACAACAAUCUAACUAAACAUAUUGUUUAUGAGUAUGUUUUAAUAUUUCAGGCAGAUUCUGGGAAGUGCAGAUCUUACUUAUAUGAAUGGAAAUCUAUGUAAGGCUGGAACAAAGAAAAACAUUAUGGUAUUUUUUUUUCUAAAGUGACUGAUGGUAAUUCACACAAAAUGUGUAGUGCCAGUAAAUGAUAAAAACACUGGUAUAGUCCUUUACAUUAAUUUUAUAUUUCAACAGACUGUUUUCUGGGCACAUAGAUUGUUAAGUCUUACUGGUGUUUUUUUGUGUUUGCAUCUUUUACAUUCGACUUUAUGACAUCUUACAAACAGUACAACUUUAUGAAAGUGUUUUAUAUUCCAAAUACACAAAAAAGAAUUUCUUUUUUAUUGCA